AUGGCACUUCUCCCAGGAAACAGUACUAUACAACAUUUCACACACCCAAAGCAUACAUUAACAUUAUUUGAUUCCAACACCGAAUACUCGUGUGAUGGUUGCAAGAGUCAUGGCAUAGGGAAAAGAUAUCGCUGCCAUGGCUGCGAUUUUGACCUACAUGAACAUUGUGGAACAUGUCCAAUGAAUCUUUCUUCGUUCUUGCAUCCUUACCACUCGCUCAAGCUUGUCGUCUGCAAGCAGCCACAUGGUGUGAACUUUGUGACUUCGAUGUCCACCCUCUCUGUACUCAGUUGCACUGAAACACUGUGUCAUGCCCUACAUCAGGCACAUCCUUUAAGGCUUAUGGCCUCGGCUGAACCAGGAACCUGUGCUGUUUGUAGAGGAGCAUGUGGUGCUUCUUCAUGGCGUUACAGGUGUGCACUAUGUGGAUUUGAUAUUCAUAUGCUUUGUGUUCCAAUACAAUGUGAAAAGAGAACGACGACGGACCAAGGAAUCCCUACAUACGUUCCUCCGUCCGUGUUCCCUCAGCAGCAGUAUUUGGGUGGUUAUGCUUAUGCGCUCGCUGGCGGAGCCAAAAUUUUCAUCAAUGGAAUUCAAAAUAUGAACGAGACAAAUAAGGAAAAACUGUAG